AAAAGGGGGAAAUUUGGGAUCUUACACCAAUCAGCGCACGCGACACCUGGGUUUACCAAUCUCCCCCUCCUAGCCCAUCAUCCUGCAGCACCAUUGUAAUUAUCCGCUCUCAUUCUGUUAUAGUCACAGGAUUCUCACUGGUCAUUACGUAUGUCUCUUCUCACCACAUGUUUGGAAGUUCCUAAGCGGGGCGCCAGCGUAGUGGUGCGGCCACGGAAAGCCAUCGGCGUGAGCACGUGUGAAGUUAGCAUCAAAGCCUUCCAGACGAUUGAAUUCGUGAGGGACGACAUCGGUGAUCUGGGCGCCUCAAAGCCUGGGCCCACUGGGGUGCGGCAGCGACGAGAAAGCAAUCUCAGCAAUUCAAGUUUUGGCUGCAACGACGGCUUUGAGACGCUUGUUUUCUUACAGGACGAGAUCCGUGAGUUGAUAAUAAAGGGCGGCCAUGGGACAGACGGCCAGCAGAAUUCAAGGACCUACUCGCUCAGCAACGAACAAUUGCGGGUUGCAGGGCAACUGAGCGAUGCGUGCUUACCUAUCUAUGAGCCCACUACAGACUCCAUACUGUUCGUGGAGAAGGGGACGGCCAUUAAGCGCCUCGACAGUGACAACGUGAUCUCGUUAGUCGCUGGCUGUGAGACUGAGUCCGGCAACAAGGAUGGCUGUGGCUGGAUGGCGCGCUUUCAGGAAAUCACUGCGCUGAUGGCCGAUGGGAAGGGAAGCAUAUACGUUUCAGAUUACUCCAACGGGCAAUGCUCGCUUCGUGUGCUCUUGAUCUGGACCGGUCAUGUUUGCACUCUGAAAGCCAGGGGCAGGGUGUUGGGGCUUGGUCCUAAAUGGCGAGCGUUGUCGUACGAUGUGGAGGCCAAUAUGAUGGUCGGGGCCUCGACAACCGCUAUCUACCACAUGACGCCGUACGGCAGUGAACUUCACUGCCCCGAGCCGCCUGUGGUGAUGCGCCUGGUGGCUGGAAACGGGCGAGAUAAGGAAGAGGAGGAGGAUGGAUCGGGGGUGGAUGGCAAGGGCAUGAAGGCGCGCUUCAAGUCCAUUUACGCUAUCCAUGCAGCCUCCAACAGCCGUGUGCUCGUGGUGGACUCAGCUGGAAAGGACAAGGUAAACCUUCGUGUGGUGGAUGCGGAUGGCACCGUGCGCACUGUGGCGACCUUCGAUGGCUCGGGCUACGAAACGCUCAGUAUAGGCGUGCUGCCCAAGGGCGAGUUGGUGUUGAGCUUAAACACCAAGAAAUCGACCGGAGCCAUUGUUAUCGUCAGCGGCGCGAACUUUGCGCCAAGCAGCCAGUUCCUGCCUCGGUCAAUGAGGCACUACUCAGCAGUAACCUGGAUGAGGGACUAACCCUGGUCUCCAAAAACACCAGCGGGCCAGUGGCGGCGGUGGGUUUGGCGCGGGGCGGUGUGGAGGGAGCUGGGCUGCUUGUGACGCACACAGCAAGGGGAUGGCAGUACGCAGGAAUGGCAUUAUUGGCUUUGUACUCCAUUAUCAAUGUUUCUGCCGUACUCACGAUUACAGCUCAAUAUGUAUGUGAAGGAUCAGGUCACGCGGCGGACUGCGGUUUGUGAGGAGCCGUAACGUCAUCAGUUGGGGGCACUAGAAGUACGCUGUAAAACAAUUG